AUGAUGUCCACCAUCCAAUCUUCGUCAACCCACCAAAAUGCUAUCCCAACGACGAGCACAGUUGGCAUCGUACCAGACAAAUAUCGAGGAGCGGUUGUUGAGGAUCUUCAGCUUCCGCCUGCAUUCGCACUUCCAUCGAUGGAGAGAGUUUCGAGGGUGAUAGAGUUGGCGUAUGAUCGUGAUUUUUCUCAUAUUCCUGUCCUCGACAGGAACCGAAAACCACUAGGCUAUGUUGAAGUUUCAAAACUCAAGCAGUUAUGGGAAUCCGGCAAGGCAGACCCAACCGACUCUGUUUCAAAGUACAUGACUAGAUUCAAACGCAGUGUUGAUUCCCAUCCGUAUAGUCUAGUAACACCGCUCACCGAGCUGAACGAACUAGAAGAUUUUUUGAAGGAUAACAUAUUCGCUUUGGUUACCGACUCGGAGAGAAAAUUCGUUCUUGCAGUUGCAACGAUGCACGACCUGGAGAAUUUCGUCACAAGGAGAGGCUGA